AUGGCUAUCCAGAACCUGCUGAAGAACUUUAACCCCGGCCCUGAAUACCAGGUCCUUAAUGUCAUUGGCCAGGGCGCCUACGGAACUGUUUGCUCCGCCAAGCAUAUUCCCAGCGGCGUCGAUGUUGCUAUCAAGCGCAUUGGUCCCUUCGACAGCCCCAUGCUGUGCCAGCGCACGCUGCGCGAAAUUAAGCUGCUCAAGCACUUUAACCACGAGAACAUCAUCACACUGUACGAUGUAGUCAACCUCAAGCCCCGCAACGACUUUUCGAACGUUUACAUCGUCCAGGAGCUGUUGGACAUCGACCUUCACCGUAUUAUCAAGACGCAGAACUUGACGGAAGAGCACGUUCAGUACUUCCUGUACCAAAUUCUCCGCGCAUUAAAGUACAUCCAUUCAUGCGACGUGCUGCAUCGUGAUCUGAAGCCAGCCAACAUUCUUCUGAACGCUAACUGUGACCUCAAGGUGUGCGACUUUGGACUCGCUCGCGGCGCAAAUAAGGACACGGAGAACAACGAGUCGUUCCUGACCGAAUACGUUGCCACCAGAUGGUACCGCGCGCCCGAAAUCAUGCUUUCGUUCAAGGAAUAUACCAAGGCUAUUGAUAUCUGGUCCGUCGGCUGUAUCAUGGCCGAAAUGCUGUCAAAAAUGCCCCUGUUCCCCGGACGCGACUACCACCAUCAACUCAAGCUUAUUUUCGAUAUUCUCGGUACCCCGAUCUCAAGCGACUACCUGGACAUCAAGAGCCCGCGUGCUCGCGACUAUAUCCGCAGCCUGCCGCUCAAGGCCAAGGUUAACCUGAGCAAGCAUUUCCCGUAUGCUAGCCCGUUGGCCAUUGAUCUGAUGGACAAGAUGCUGAACUUUAGCCCGAGAAGGCGUAUUACUGUUGAGGAGGCCCUGGCUCACCCGUAUUUGGCCCAGUACCAUGAUGAGGCCGAUGAGCCCAACUGCGCUCCCCUGCCUACAAACUUCUUUGACUUUGAUAACUACAGAGAGAGACUGUCUGUUGAGCAGCUCAAGGAUUUGCUGUGGCAGGAGAUCUACUCCAACCAGGACUCUGCUUCUCAGGAGGAGGAAGAUUAA